UCCCAGCAGCAGCAGCAGCCACAUAACCAGCUUUUAAAAGACAUUCCAGGAUUUGUCAAGAUUGUAGAAGUUGGUCCGAGGGAUGGACUGCAGAAUGAGAAGCACAUUGUUCCUACUGCUGUCAAGGUUCAGUUGAUUCAAAUGCUCGUUUCUUCUGGCUUUCCUAUUGUCGAGCCUACAAGUUUCGUCUCCCCAAAAUGGGUUCCUAAGCUGGCAGAUACAAAAGAUGUAAUGGAUGCUAUUCGAAAUAUUGAAGGUGCUAGAUUUCCCGUCCUGACCCCUAAUCUUAAAGGAUUUGAGGCAGCUAUUGCUUCUGGUGCAAAAGAAGUUGUCAUAUUUGCCUCGGCUUCUGAAUCUUUUUCAAAAUCAAAUAUAAACUGUAGUAUUGAAGAUAGUCUCGUUUGUUAUGGUGAAGUUGCUAUUGCUGCCAGAAAGCUUUUAAUUCCUGUUCGUGGGUACUCCAGUCCAGUGAUUGUGAUGUGUCAUUCCACCACUGACACACUUGCUGUCCAUUUUCAUGACACGUAUGGGCAAGCUCUUUCAAACAUACUAGCGUCACUCCAGAUAGGAAUCAGCACAGUGGAUUCAUCACUAUCAGGUCUUGGGGGUUGUCCGUAUGCUAAAGGAGCUUCCGGAAAUGUUGCCACGGAAGAUGCUGUGUACAUGCUUAAUGGACUUGGACUGAAGACCCAUGUAGAUCUUAAAAAGUUCAUGUUGGCUGGGGACUUUAUCUGCAAGCACCUGGGGCGCUCAUCUGGUUCAAAGACAACAGUUGCCUUGAGUAAAGUCACAGCUCCUGCCUCUAAGCUAUGAGGUACCACCACUAGAUUGUGUAAGUCGGUCUGUGUGCGCGCCAAAUUCGAUACCUGAAGUCAAGAAGGCAGUCCUUUUAAGAUGUUCUGCAUUGGUGCAUUGGGAAAAUACAAGUACAUUGAUGCCAUGCACAAUUGUUGUGAAUUAAAUUACAGAAUCAAAGGGGACUAGAUGGAGACUGACUUUCAAGAAGUGACAACGGAUGUUUCUUUUC